GCCUGCGCGGGGCGAGACCGCGGAGCUCCGCGAAGUUGUGCGGGGCCCGGGGAAGUUUGCGGCGGGGCGGCGGCUCCCGCGGCGCUCCCGGUCCCGCGGCGCUGCCGGGCGCGGCCAUGGCUUUCCGGCGGCGGGCCAAGAGCCACCCGCUCUUCAGCCAGGAGUUCCUCAUCCACAACCACGCCGACAUCGGCUUCUGCCUGGUCCUCAUCGUGCUCAUCGCGCUCAUGUUCGAGGCUACAGCCAAGACUGCCUUCCUCUUCAUCUUACCUCAGUAUAACGUCAGUGUGCCUACAGCAGAUGGGGAGCUGGUCCAGUAUCACUACGGUCUGAAGGACCUGAUCACCAUCCUCUUCUACAUCUUCAUUGCCAUCAUCCUGCACGCGGUGGUGCAGGAGUACGCCCUGGACAAAAUCAACAGGCGUCUCCAUCUCUCCAAAGUCAAACACAGCAAGUUCAAUGAAUCAGGGCAACUGGUCGCCUUCCACCUCAGCUCCUCGAUUUGGUGCUUGUAUGUUGUGGUGACGGAAGGAUACAUAUCAAACCCCCAGAGUUUGUGGGAAAACUACCCGCAUGUUUAUCUUCCCUUCCAGGUGAAGUUCUUCUACCUGUGCCAGCUGGCCUACUGGCUGCACGCGUUGCCAGAGCUCUACUUCCAAAAAGUUCGCAAGGAGGACAUCCCACGCCAGCUGCAGUGCAUCGCGCUCUACCUGGUGCACAUUGCCGGUGCAUACCUCCUCAAUUUAACCCGCUUGGGGCUGAUCCUCUUGCUGUUGCAGUAUUUAGCCGAAUUCUUCUUCCACAUGGCCCAACUGGUCUACUUCACGGAUGAGAACAACGAGAAGCUGUUUAAUGUCUGGGCUGUUGUCUUUGUGGUCACCAAGCUCUUCACCCUAACCCUCUACAUCUUGGUCAUCGGCUUUGGGCUUCCGCGUGUGGAGAACCAGGCCCUGGAGCCAGAGAAAGGGAAUCUCUUCAGCUUUCUCUUCAACCAUAUCCUCUUCAGAAUGAGUGUGCUGCUGUUGGUGUGCCUCUUCCAGGCCUCGAUGAUGUGGCGCUUCAUCCACUUCCAGCUGCGGCGCUGGCGGGAGUACUGGCACGAGCAGAGCAGCCGGAAGCGGGCCGCGGCCUGCGCCAAGCAGCAGGCCAAGCCGCUCAAGAGAGACUCGGGUUACCAUGAAAAUGGAGUGGUGAAAGCGGAGAACGGCACCUCGCCGCGAACCAAGAAGCUGAAAUCGCCCUAGACUCAAGGCCUCGGCUCCAGGGGAGGAGGGCGAGGUGCCAGGACUGAGGGCAGCCCCUCCUCCCGGUCCUCACAAGGUUGUCUCGAGCAGCUUGGGAGCAGGUCGUCUGCCCGAGGUGUCUCGCUCUCCUCCCUUUCUUUCUCACUCUCUUGAACCAUUUGCAAUAAAACCAAAAAGGUCCCUUUCCCCUGCUCCUUUCCCCCUGUAGGAGCCUUUUCCAAGCCUCCUGGUUUUGCCUUCCUCUGUUUCACCGUAAAUCAGUGUGCAAUCUUAUUAUUUUUUUUCUAUUUUAGUGUUUGGUUUUUUGGAUUUUUGUUACAAAUGCGUUGUAGAUGGUUCCGAAAUUUUUUAUUUUUUUUUCCUACAGCAUGUUUCUCCCCUCCCUCUGUGCUGCUUCCCCCAGCCCCUGGGUCAGGGCCACAGCAGUUUGAAGGCUCCGUGUGUAGGCUAUGGGAACAGGCUCCUGGGGAAGAGCAUUGGGACUCUGAGCUCAGAGGUGCUCAUAGCUGAUGGUUGCCUCUCCUGGGGCACUCUGGCCAGCACUCAGCACAUGUUGCAUGAUGUCAAUGCUGCAAAUAAGGACUAGUGUCUGAGGGAGGACCUUCUGCUGUGUCUUGUCUCACUCUGGUUGAGUGGGAUUCCUCCAGCUCCUGGCUUCGAGCUAAUUUUGGUGAUCUAGGAAGCAGAGAAGGGAGGGGAGUUCCCUCUUCCUAUAGGACCCACAUCCUAGCCUUUGCUUGCCCCAGCUUUUCUGGUACAGCUGGGUUCCCUUUAUCCUCUGGACUGCCCCAUAGUUGUUCUGCACCCCCCAGCACCGAGAGCUGGGCUCGGGGCUCUGCAGCUCAUCGUGCCUUGUCUUGGGGCAGUGGCAUCCUCAGGUCUGGGUGAAUCCUUGAGUCCUGCCCCGCUCUGAGCCCUGGCCUGGCUCCCGUCAGCCUUGUGUGCCUCAGACCUGGUGUGCUCAUGGCUCGUCACCACCUCCAGACGAGCAAAGUGGCUGCUGCAAAGGGUUUUGCAUUAAUGGGACUGUGCUCCUCGUGCUUAGCCAUCUUCAUCCCUACCAUGCCAGUCCAGCUGUGCCAUCUGCAGCCACAAGCUUCUUUUUGUUUCCAAAGGAUACACAGCUUGUAUCCACCCAAGGUGCUAUCAAACGUAGGGUUUCUUCCAAAAACCCUAGCCCCUUCAUCCCUUUCUGAGCUGUGAAUGAGAUGACAGGGAAGGGGAAGGCAAGCCAAGGGCUGUGAGGAGUAGCUUGUACAUUCAGAAAGGCCUGUGAGGCAUAGCUGUUGACAGAUGGAGUUGUCUCAAAUCUACCUCAGAGGCCAUCUUUUGCUACAGACCACUCUCCCUCUUGCACCUCCCUGACCUGAGGUUUGGGGGAACUGGCUCGCUCUCCUUUGCUGGUGGGCAGCAUCUCCUGCCCAAGGGUUUCACGGGUCGGUGGGCUUCUUUGGGGUCCGUGCACCAGUUUGGAUUUGGAUGAUGGGUGCUUCUCACCCCGUAGCUCUUCUCUGGGGUGGCUUCUGUAGUCGGGCUUUGCUGUUGGUGCCUCUUGUGCAGCAAAGUCAGCUGUAGCUCCCGGUGUGUGGGGUCGAGGAGAGCCUGGCCGCUCCUUGAUGUGCAAGGCGGGAUGGAAGCCCACCUUCCUUGUGGGUGAUGGGACAUGUGGUCUCAUGGCACGCCCCUUGCUCAGCCCCUCCAGGCAUGAUUUUAGCUUGGGCUUUUUGCAGUGAGGCCAGCACGGUUGUCUUCUAUAUCUUCGUCUCUUUGGAGAAUGAGAGACAGUUGUUUCUCUGCCACUCUUUAAAUGGAGUUGCUUUUUUCUCCCUCUUUCUGUCGGUCUCUUUUCUCCCUUCCUCCUCUCCUUGCAGAGCCUCAGCUAAAAUGCUGGGCACAGGAGGGAGGAAAUGUGUAGGACACGAGUACAGUUGGUCAGAUUCCACUUGUUCCUCCGUCCCUGUGACCUCUGAGUGUCAAACAAAAUGUCGGCAGGAGUCUGGGAGAAGGAUUCCCCCUUUCUGAGGGGAGCUGAAGAAGGAGACUUUGAAGCCAGUGCCUCACAACAGCUGAGGACUGGCUCUGUUAACAGAUGACACAUACAAUCCCCUCAGAAACUGGCUGCUGAAUAAUUCCUCUUCCUGCCUGCUUCGCUUCAGGCAGCUUUUCCACUUGCACAAUCCUGUGUCUUCACAGAGUAGCUAAUUAUGCGUUGUAUCCCAAGUGCCUUAUGUUGCCGUGUCGCCUCUCGUACGCUUGAUCUGUGUACUAUAGCAGCCACUGAACGCCCUUCCUCCUUUCAACAUAUGUACAACUUAUGCUACAUUUAUGUAUUUUUUUUUUUUUUAGAUUUUUUUUUUGUCUUUUGAUAGAGCUACCAGUAAAGGGACAGUUUGUUUUGGAAAUAUUUCCAUGUUUUCAUUCUGUUUGUUGUGUUUUUUUUUCCUUAAGCCCAGAGAUGAUGUUCUUUUUUGCCCUCCUCCGUCUUUAAUCCUCUGAAAUCCCCAUCCUUCUCCUGUUAUGCCCAAGCACGGCAUGACUUCUGUUGGUUAUUUUGUGCUGAGCCUUUGCUAGAAGGCAAUGUGAACCCUCAUCCAGCAGGUUUCCAAUCUGCCCCCCUUGGAGGGGCCGCCCCCAGCUGCUUCUGUCUCUGGCUUUUAGCGCAAACACCAUCUCUGCAGUAACUGCUUUUAUGUCCAUGGCAUUUCUCAGCAGACCAAGCCUUCUUUUCAGCCCAGAGAACUUCUUCCCUGACAUGGAGAAUUUUCAUUGCAAACCGUUAGUGGUCAGUCUUCCCUUGACUGCUUUGCGUGCAAAAAUGCUGAGAGCCCUCUGCCAUUGAGUGGAUGCUCUUCUUGCGUCCCAUCCUGUCAAGCCCUGUGUCUUCUGCAAAAAAAAAACCCAACAACCAUACCAACAAACCCAACC